AUGCCACCCUUUAGUAAAGCAAAACGUGCUGCAAAGCAAUGUGCGCGUAAAAAAGGUGGAGAGUUUACCUUAAGAACUGAUAAAGAAAUACUUGAAGAAAUGCCACAUGAACUUGAAGGUAGUGGUGGUAAUAGUGAAGGAGGACUGUUAAAUAAACCUAAAGAUGGUAAUGAAAAAGAGCUAUUAAAUAAACCUGGAGGUGAAGCUG